AUGGAAUCUGUAGACCAUAAGGUAGAGUCUAUGCUUAGUGUUGUAUCUCUCUCAGUUCCACCUUUUUGGGAUAUGGAUCCUGUUUUGUGGUUCGCUCUUCUUGAGGCCGAGUUCUAUAACCACAAAAUCACUUCCGACUACGCGAAGUAUUGCAAGCUCCUGUCCUAUCUCCCCAAGGAGAUAUCAACGCAGGUUCGUGACGUCAUCAUUUCUCAGACCGAAAACCGCUAUGAGGCUCUCAAAGAGGCCACGAUUAAGCGUGUUAUGCCCUCUGAGAAAGUUCGCCUUCAACAGCUUUUCAGAGAUCUGCAGCUGGGCGACAAACUGCCCUCAACCCUGCUACGAGAGAUGCAGCAACUCCUUGGUUCUUCAACCAUGGAUGAGACUUUACUUCGUGAACUAUGGCUACAACGGCUACCGGAAAACACACAAGCGAUUCUCGCUACAGUGAGCUCCGUUCCGCUCACUCAACUAGCAGACUUAGCGGAUCGAGUUAUUGAACGAUCACAGCCACAGGCCAACGCCAGCAAGGUCCAUGCCGUCGCGUCCCAGGGCACUUCUAUCACUGGCUUACAGUCAACCAUAGAAGCCCUGCAAGCACAAGUUGCGACACUUAGUCGCCAGGUGCAACAGCUUACUAUGACCCGUCGUCGUCCUAGCCGCUCAAAAUCGCCCUCCAAACGUUCUCGGUCUAGCAACAGGCAAGUUAGCUGUUGGUAUCAUCAGCGCUUUGGUACCGCAGCUCAUAAAUGUGUAAAGCCUUGCAACUUCGCCGAGAAGCAGGGAAACUUCGCGGCCGGUCGGUAA